AAAAGAUCAACUGCAUCCACCUCAAUGUCAUCAAUCGCAUGCUUGCAGAUAUGGACCUGAAGCUAUCUUCCGCCCAGAACGCCUUACCUAGCAUUCUCAGUCUUAUUUUCGACCGUAUCAAGUAUGGCAAGAAGCUAAAAAACGAAUGGGAAAGGUUGGAUCAAAUAAGGAAGACUGGCGGUGCUGAGUCGCUUCGUUCGAUUGCUCAGGUCUGCCGCUCGUGGAGAACUGCUGCGUUGCCUUACUUUUACGAAAACGCCGUAACCCUUCUAGAGCCUGUGCUGGGAACAUCCGCUUAUUAUCCCAGAGUGGUUUACCCGGAUCUUUCUAUGGCAGCCGCUGGUGGGCAUAGCCAGCUUGUCCGUUCGGCGCAUUUCCGCCUCUCCCUUGACCAUAUUAUUGACGGUACCUCCACCCACUUGCUGGAUGCUGGCGCUCUUUCUACGGCGACUUUCCCAAACGUGACUGAGCUCGUGCUUGAUUUGUACAGCAGUGAUGAUAUUCCGCAGGGCAACCAUUCGGCAAAAGUCGGUUCUUUCAUUGAGCGCAUCCGCCAGCUGUUUCCCAACGCACAGGACAGUUCGCUCGUUGUUCGUUCAGGGUCGUGGAUUGACUAUGAGUAUAUAUGCCGGAACUUAAUGGGAAUUAUCGCUCCAGCACCAAGAACCUUAAUAUUCCGCGACCUGGCGAAUGAGGAUGCUGUUCUGCGUGGUGGUUUCAGCACCGGGAUUCAGCGUAUGCAUCUUGAAACGCACCAUUCCACUGAAUGUCCAAUUGUUCAUUCAAACAGGGAUACCGUCGAAGAGCUGGUGCUCCGCAUAGCACCGUAUUAUGGCGAAGAUAUGACUGAGGGGAAUAUAUCAGACAGCCUGGAAUCCUUAUUCAGCUACACGUACCCGAAGCUCACUAGCCUAUCCAUCGAGACCGGGCAGGAUAUGGAGGGGCGGUUUAGUUUGCCUGAUAUUAACCCGUUUCCAUCGCUGACCACCCUUUCCCUGAACACAUACUGUGGCUUCGACAUUGGUGUUAUUGUUGACAGUGUCGGCGAAAACCUAACAUCGCUUACGCUAUAUCUCACGGAUCACUUGUUCAAAUCGCUUUGUGGCCGCGUGUUCCCUAGCCUCGCAUGUGUCCGUAUUCGGGAAACUGCCAUAGCAAGUGGGCGCUAUGGUAUCGGCGAUGUAGUUGAGGCGGCACAUCUACCGUUUUUGAUUGCACCAAAUGCCGAGCAUAUCGAGAACUACUACCAUUCAUUGCCUUUCCACCGGUCUCUGCAAUCUUUCAUCCCGCAAAACCACUCGAACCCGCAGCUUCGUCAUCUGAUUGUCAGAAAGGUCAUGCCUACCCUCGGCAGAUUCCAACAAAUCCUGGCCUGUUUCCCGGGACUCACUAGGAUUGGGAUUUACGGAGUCCGAGCCGACGAAGGAUAUGAUCCUACUCGCUCAGACAGCGAUAUUAGUAGGCUGUUGACAGAGCUCCCGAUCUUUAGUACUAGUCUGAGACGGAUUGAUUUGCAGCUAUGGAGGAAUAUCGGUCCGCACCUGGUCGUCGCUAUCGCAAAGUUGCCUCUCCUAAGGAUGGUCACUAUCGGAGCUGCCAGCAAUACUCUGAGUCAAUACAGGAAAGAAAUCGGUAAACCGAUAUACGACGAGUAUCGCGACAGCUUGAGCAGACCGAUAUUCUGUAGCAAGGCCCACUGAUGGAAGCAGCUUCACUUCCGUUUGCAAUAUAAUUGUUUUAGCCCUCAGUGCCUUCAUACCCGUGUGCUAUAUAUGGUAUAUUAUCGUUGUUGGACUUGAGGCAAGGUGUUGCAAUCUGCUGCUAAUAAAUGAAUCGGUC